GCCACUUCCUCCCCAGACCCCAAAUCCAUCCGUCCGUCCCGCCCCACUCCCUCCUCCAUCCCAGCCGCCGAAACCCAAAUCCCCACCCGACCCACAACCGCGCCUCCGACGGCCCGUCCCUCCGCAGAGCCAGCCCGCCCACAGCCGCGAUGGAGGAGGAGAUCCGCGCGGAGUUCGAGGGCAGCGGCUUCACCAUCGGCGGCGACAGCGCCCAGAUCCUCUCCACGCUGCUGACCUACUGCGUCAACUACAAGAUGAGCCCUGCGGAUCUCGUCUCCAACUGGGAGGUCUACUACCUCAACAGGCAACUGGAUGGGUUAAAGGUCGAAAGCUCAUACCUGGAUGGUUUUCUGUCACACCUUCAAAAUGAAGUAAAGGAAAAGCUUAUAAAAGAAGAAACAGACCUUCACAUUUACUCCAGUAAUGAUGUUGACAUGCUCUUGAGCAAUACGCACACAGAUGAAGAGGGCUUCCUGGGCACACCAAGCACGAAACAGGAAAAGCCACAUGGAGAGUCAUCUAACUCUGAGCUUACUCCUCUGACAACUGAAAGGCCAUCAUCCAUCAGAGCGGCUAAAACAAAUGGUGAUCGUAUUACCCCUUUUGCACAACGAGUAAAUAAAUUUACUCAGCAUUAUGUUCUGAAUGCUGAUAAUGUGGCUAGCGAGCCAAGUAAAGAUGAUGUUGAAACCUCAGAAGAUGAAUUAAUCAGAAGGAUCCAACCAAGUCAAAAAUGUACCUUGCAAGUUCAACGCUCAAAGCCUGAACCAGGUUGCAGGUUCAUGUAUGACAGGAUGGAAGACCGAUUUAAUUACCUGGAAGAUCGUAUUGGAAGGUCAGCAAGAUUGUUUUCUGCAACUGGGCUCUGUGGACAACCUGCAGAUGCUACCCUUGCUUCAGAGGAGAACAUGUUUGCAGUUGGCAUGGUAAUUUGCGAUGGGGAAGGUCGUUUGAAUGAAAAAUCUAUCUUGUUGCAGGGCAGUGUUGAGCACUCCAGGGGACAGCGUGUACGCCUUGAUUUGAAGGAUAUAAACCAGUUCUCGUUGUUUCCUGGCCAGGUUGUGGGUAUUGAAGGCCACAAUCCUAGUGGACACUGUUUUGUCGCAUCAAAGUUGACUGAUUCCAUACCAAUUUCUGUGGAUGAUCAACUGCCUUGUGCUAAGAAGCAAGCUGGUGACCAUGAAGGGCAUCAAAAUUCGAACACACUAUCAAGGGUGUUGUCAUCGGUCAUUGCAGCAGGUCCCUUCACAACAACCGAUAAUCUUUCGUUCGAGCCAUUGCAAGAAUUGCUCUCAUAUGCAUGCCGUAAACAGCCCCAGUUGCUCAUACUGAUGGGACCCUUUAUCGACUCUGAUCAUCCUGAAAUAAAAAAAGGAACUUCUGACCAGAGCUUUCAUGAUAUUUUCCAUUUUGAGAUUCUGAGGAAGCUUCAAGAUUUUACCCAGUAUUUGGGGCAUAAUGUUCGUGUAAUUCUUGUCCCAUCUGUGCGUGAUGCUCACCAUGACGCUGUUUUCCCCCAGCCUGCAUUUGACUUGCAUUUAUCUGAAGAUAUCACACAACAGAUUACUUGUCUGUCAAAUCCAAGUCUGUUCAGUUCUAAUGAGAUACAAUUUGGCUGUUGUACAGUAGACAUCUUGAAACAGCUGAGCGGUGAUGAAAUUUCUCGCAAGCCACCUGGAGGAAAGGCCACAGAUAGGAUCGGGAGACUUGCAACACAUAUAGUGAAGCAGCAAAGCUACUACCCUCUGUAUCCUCCUGCUGCUGGUGUGCCCAUGGACUUUUCACUUGCCAAGGAAGCAUUGGAGAUCCCAUCAGCUCCUGAUGUUCUUCUGCUUCCUUCUGAUCUUGCUCCAUCUGUGAAGGUGCUUUCCGUGAAUGAAGACACGGAGGAACAUAAACGAUUCAUCUGUGUGAACCCUGGGAGGCUAUCAAAAGGUAUAGGUGGCGGCACGUUUGUAGAGCUUUACUACAACGAGGACACUGAGAAGACAAAAGCCUUCAUUAUGCGCAUCUAAAAAGGAUUGUAACAUUUUCCUAUUCACCAAGUACUGGACUAGAAAGAUGAGACUAGUAUGAAGUACAUCAGUUCUGUUAUCGCCCCACUCUGCUGUGAAUUAGAUCCAGAGAGUCUGUAAGCUUGUAAUUCUAGUUAGUUAAUUCAGCUUAGUAUUAGUGGAAAACGUCUCCAAAAGCUAUUUGUAAGCUGUACGCACAUUUUAUAUUCAGCACAAGGCCACAAGCUCAACAGUCUAUUGGGGAAUUUGUCAGCUUCAAUUCUCCAUUCAUUAUACUAUGUCCUCUGUUUCAACGCUUGUCUCGGAAACAUUGUGAAGUCUUCUGAUUAUUGGGGAAUAUGUCAACUUGAGGAUGGCUCCACCCUGGUGGAUUGCAACAUCUGAAGGAGCCCACCCUCACUUGGUGCUCGCAGUAGUCAGCAAGUGGCUGGCCAUGGUGCUGCUCCUGUCUGGUGCCUUUGGACUUCAGUGCCCUCCAUUGGUGUUGUUAGCGUGUGCUUGUUAUGUUGUUUCUUUAUUUCUAUAGUGUUAUGUCCGCCCGUAUCUGCAAAUUUCUGCAGUGGUGCAGCACCUUUGGAUAAGUAUGAAGAUUGAAUAAGUGAGCCCUGAAUUCGUGCGUAA